AUGCACACCUUUCAUUUAUCAAGAAUCCGUAUUCAGAGGCAUCAAUUUUCUCCAAAAGUUUCGUUUUUAAACAAAGGCUUCGCCUUCCACCAGGAGUUUCGCUUUUCACCGGGAAUUUCACCUUUUUCCAGGGGUUUCGCUACUUCACCAAAGGGUUUCGUUUUUCGUCGUUCACAUAAAUGGCUCACUAUAGGUGUUGGUGUUUGUGUUACGGCUGUUGCCUUUCAAACUUUACGUUAUCAAUAUAAAAAACGCAAAAUAAAUCAAGAAGACGAUCCACAAGUAGUAAAGCGUCCUGUACUUGAUCCUUGGCAGAUUGAAAAUCCCGAUCUUAAGACCUAUCCAAAUUUAGGUUCUUUUUUUAUUAGAUCAUUAAAACCUGGUGUACGACCAAUAGAUAAUAAUGCUGUCCUCGUAUCACCUUCUGAUGGUAGAAUUAUUAAUUUUGGAUUAAUAAACGAUGGAUGGGUAGAGCCAAUAAAAGGAAAUUCUUAUUCGCUAAGUGCACUGUUAGGACGUGAUUAUAUCGACAAUGCAAACAAUUCAGAAUUACCAAUAGACAUUUCGCCUGAUAGUACUUAUAAAUGGCAAAUAAAUAAAAAGGAAAAUGGACUUUUCUAUUGUACUAUUUAUCUUGCUCCUGGGGAUUAUCACAGAUUUCAUUCUCCAACAAAUUGGGUUGUUGAAGCAAGGCGUCAUUUCGCGGGUGAAUUAUUCUCAGUAUCACCAUACAUGUUAAAUUUGUUACCAGAUUUAUUUGUCUUGAAUGAACGGGUUGCAUUAUUAGGAAGAUGGAAACAUGGUUUUUUUGCAAUGAUACCAGUUGGAUCUACUAAUGUUGGAUCAAUCAAGAUUAAUUUUGAUCAGGUUCUUCGGACGAAUCAAAAUGGAGCUACUGUUGGGACAUAUACAGAAAUGUCCUAUAAAAAUACUAGUAAGAAUAUAGAUGGUCAACCAUUAAGGAUUGGUGAAGAAAUUGGUGGAUUUCUCUUUGGCUCUUCCAUGCUACUAAUAUUUGAAGCGCCAUUGAAUUUUAAAUUUUGUGUAACACCAGAACAAAAAACUCGAGUCGGUCGAAAGCUAGGACAGGAUGGCGACUGA